AUGCAGACCCAGCAAACCGCCCCAGAGAUCGAAUCCUUCCUCUUUGAAUACCUGAAGACGGUCCGCCAGCCUUCCCUGGGAGUUCCCAACGUCCGAGCCUGGUCUCGCCAGCCUCAUCUCUUCCGCAGUGCCAUCUCCUCCCAAGCCAAGCUUGGGGCCCAGGGCCUCCUUGAGGGCCUAGUGUCCCCCAAAUGGAGACAUCUGCAGGCCCUUCACUUCUCCUACAUCGGCUCCAAGAAGUCCGCCAACCUUUGGGCCUUCCGCCUGAUCCAACAACUGAUCCGGAUCGGGCACUACAUGUGGAAAGACCGCAACCGGCGUGCACAUUCGGAAGACAGUUCCUGGUACACGGCUCGCAAGCGGGAGAUUGACAUUGGCAUCCGCGAACAGUUCGCCAUGGGCCUGAUUGAUAUCCCCUCACGCUCGCAGUACCUCUUUCGUGACUCCCGCGAAACUGUCCUCAACAAAUCACUUGAAGAUCGUCAACAUUGGCUGUGCCUUGUCUCCCGUGAGAGAGCGAUCAACCGUCGCUCUCUAGCCAGGCAACGCCAGAUGAUCUUCAACCUGGCGCACCCCGCCAACCCAACAUCGACUCGGCCAACCGGCGCAAGUCCAUAA